AAGAUUUUGUAAGGGCAACAAGACGUAUUAAUAUUUCACAAUUUCCUAAAAUAAUGAUUGUAACUUUAAAACGUUUUAAUAAUUGUGGACAAAAAUGUACAAAGAUUGUUACAUUUAAAACAACUGGAAUAGUACUUAAAUCAAUAUCUGAAACUGGAAUAUAUAAACUUAUUGGUGUAAUUGAACAUAAUGGUAAUACACUUUUUCAAGGUCAUUAUAUUACAUAUAGUUUUAAGAAAAGUAUAAAUCAAUGGUUUAAAUUUGAUGAUGAAAUUGUUACAAAUGUUAAAUUAUCAGAUGUUGAAAAAGCACAAGCAUAUUGUCUUUUAUAUUAUUUAGAAUCUAAAGUAAAUAUAUCUCAAAGUAAAUAA